AUGCUGCAGAGAGAAGAGGGAGCUACAGUCCAGAUGCUGCAGAGAGAAGAGGGAGCUACUGUCCAGAUGCUGCAGAGAGAAGAGGGAGCUACAGUCCAGAUGCUGCAGAGAGAAGAGGGAGCUACAGUCCAGAUGCUGCAGAGAGAAGAGGGAGCUACAGUCCAGAUGCUGCAGAGAGAAGAGGGAGCUACAGUCCUGAGGCUGCAGAGAGAAGAGAGCUACAGUCCUGAGGCUGCAGAGAGAAGAGGGAGCUACAGUCCAGAUGCUGCAGAGAGAAGAGGGAGCUACUGUCCAGAUGCUGCAGAGAGAAGAGGGAGCUACUGUCCAGAUGCUGCAGAGAGAAGAGGGAGCUACUGUCCAGAUGCUGCAGAGAGAAGAGGGAGCUACUGUCCAGAUGCUGCAGAGAGAAGAGGGAGCUACUGUCCAGAUGCUGCAGAGAGAAGAGGGAGCUACAGUCCUGAGGCUGCAGAGAGAAGAGAGCUACAGUCCUGA